AUGGUACGACAAUAUCUCCCCGUCUCGUCAAAAGGUCAACAAGAUAUCCACCUUCAAUUCCAGAACCAUUCAUCAAACACACCCAGCCCAUCACCACCACCAACAAGACGGUUCCAAGGUCUUCCUGCCCGUCGUCGAUCAAAGGUCAAACUAUGGCUAGGCCUCACUGGAAAAUGGUGCAUCACAAUUUUCUUCAUCAUAGUCGUCUACAUCAUCCUAAUCGCAUAUGCUCUUCACGAUGUCAUGUCAGAGAUACAGAAGAAAUACUUCAAUGCGCUUAUCACGGGAUUUUUAAUUGCUCUGGGUCUUUCAACUAUGAGCCAGUUGACACAUGCGGUACAGGACUUACGAUGGUGGAUCUUGAGUAAACGACCGAGGUCCAGACAAAAGGUCAAAGCAAUUUUACAAGUCCAUAGCAUGAGUCAGGUGUUGGUCUUGGCCUUUAAAUCAAGUCGAUGGACAAUUCACGUUGGUGUCGCGACCUGGGUAGCGCUAUUUCUAGCAACACAAAUCGGCUAUGCCUCAUUGGGCUUGUGCUAUUCUGUCGAGAAAACCGAGGACCAAGCCCUCCUGGUUCCCGGAAACGUCUCUGUCGCCAACUUGACCACCAUCUCAACAUCAAGUAUCGUCAACGCAUCCGGCUCGACAGAAGCUGAGGAAUAUGCGGCCAACAGCUACGGAAUUAUAUCCCUGGCUUUAAACGAGGGUAAACUUUACGAUAUUCCUUGGCCUGGAACUUUGUUCUUUGCGGACAACAAUUUCCUAUUUUGUGAUGGGAAUUGCUCUUAUAUCUUCCGCGAGACAAACACACUGACCUUGGAUAAUCCCGUCAAAGCUCCGGUUGCUGCGUUCACGGAUAGGAGGGUCAACAUCACGACACAAUGCACGGCAUACAAGGUAAACCAGGGUGGUAAUGGAACUGAGCAAACUAUCAUUGUGGGAGAAGGACGCCGAGAAGCAAACAUCACCCUACCUAAGAAGGAAAUUCCUGGUGAGAAGCUCUACAUGACAUCUGCAUCUCAUAAGUGCGGCAAAGAUUGCAGUAUUGUUUGGGUAUUUGAGCCAUCGUCGACAAAUCCAUGGUUCUACGACUGCAACGUCCAAAUGAGCACCGUCGAGAAUGCAAAACGACCAGAGCAUGAAGUUGGUCCAAGACUGGCACGUUUAGCUACAUCGGCGAUAGCCCUGGGAGGUCGCGACGGUAUGAAUGAUACCCGAUCAAACAGUUACCCAAUUGCGUCAAUCUUUGGCGCACCGCUCAAUGGCUCAGCCGAGAGUAUGGAAUACCUUCUCUCACGCUUUGCAACGGGUGUGCUAGCAGCUGUCAUUGAGUCAAAUACGGAUAUUGUGCUUGUUGGCCAGGCUCCUACGGUAGGACAGAAACUCAACGUUUCACAUUGGGGAAUCAUUACUCUCAUCUUGUGGGUCACAGCAUUUCUACAAUUGUUGGUGGCUGUUGUAGCGACCAAGGUAUCGGAAAGGGUUGUUGUGCCAGAGGGCGAUUCCCUAUCUGAAGCCAAGGUUUUGAGGAACAUGGUUGAAGAGGAUAUGUUGGAUGAGGAGACGAAAGAUAUCACGAAAGGGAAGAGUUUGUGGAUAUACAGGAGUCGGCAUCUCGGGGAUGGAUUGUAUGAUUUAUAUAUGGAGGAGGUAAGAACAUGA